AUGUCGGGUAGCCAUGCCAUGCGUGGAAGCACUGCAGUCAUACAUGAGGCAAGCAAGUCCAAGCGGUGGUUUUUGCUUGCCUGUGCGGCAGCAGUAACUGGCCGUUUGUUUGUCAAUCUGCCAUUCCAUCACCAAUUGCGGAACCGUCCAAGACCGUCCAAAAUCAGCUGCAAGUCCACGUCUGCAAGUAACGGGUUGACAGUACAAUCAUUGGCUGCAUCUACAGAUUUCAGAGUCACGGACGACAUCAUCGACCUUCUGAGCGAUCAAGCGGUCUUUGGCAAGCUUGCGGUAUUCGAGGAGAAUUUGCUAAUACAGCGCGAUGAUGAGGAUGCCGAAAUGUUGAAAGCCGGCAUCCAGACAGGGAUUGACCAG